GGCAGGAGGCACUGGGGUGGGCUAGUCGCCUGGGCUGGGGAUGCCUGGGCAGAUGUGGAAGCGGCUGGAAAGGUGGCACUGUACUUGGGUUGCUGGCGCUGCGCUGUUCCUAGGAGACGGAGGAGCAGCAAGCCUGUGGGGGAGGGGGAGCAAGUGGGUUGCUGCUUUUAGCAGCUGAAAGGGCUGCAGGGAGCUCUGGGUAAGACAUUUUCUGCUGCUGCUGCUUCUGCGGUAGAAGCUGCCGCGAGUAAGAGGAAGGAGGAUCAAGAGGGGAGGAGGCUUCAUUUGCAGCCAUGCUGAAUCACUGUUGCUGAUCACAUCUCCCGCUGGUUGGCUGGGAGAACCGAGAACAGGGCUAGGAUCCUCCAGUGCAUGCACAGCUCAGCGGCUGCCACCCGGGCUGGGCCUCACACAAUGGACGGUGAAAGCAUCAAGCUGAGCUCCCAGCCCCCAGUACAGGCUGGGGAUGACGAAAAGAACCAGAGGACGAUCACUGUCAACCCUGCCCACAUGGGGAAGGCGUUCAAGGUUAUGAAUGAACUGCGGAGCAAACAGCUAUUGUGUGACGUGGUGAUUGUGGCAGAAGAUGUUGAGAUAGAAGCCCACCGUGUGGUCCUGGCAGCCUGCAGCCCCUACUUCUGUGCGAUGUUCACAGGUGACAUGUCUGAGAGUAAAGCCAAGAAGAUAGAAAUCAAGGAUGUGGAUGGGCAGACCCUGAGCAAGCUGAUUGACUACAUCUAUACGGCUGAGAUUGAGGUGACUGAAGAGAACGUCCAGGUGCUGCUCCCAGCAGCCAGCUUGCUGCAGCUCAUGGAUGUUCGCCAGAACUGCUGUGACUUCCUGCAAUCUCAGUUGCAUCCCACCAAUUGCCUGGGUAUCCGCGCGUUUGCAGACGUGCACACCUGUACCGACCUCCUGCAGCAGGCCAACGCUUAUGCAGAGCAGCACUUUCCAGAGGUGAUGCUGGGGGAAGAAUUUCUUAGCCUAAGUCUGGACCAGGUGUGCAGCUUGAUAUCCAGUGACAAGCUGACCGUUUCUUCAGAAGAGAAGGUAUUUGAAGCUGUGAUUUCAUGGAUCAAUUACGAGAAAGAAACCCGUUUGGAGCACAUGGCAAAGCUGAUGGAACACGUCCGUCUCCCUCUCUUACCAAGGGAUUACCUUGUCCAGACAGUUGAAGAAGAAGCUUUGAUAAAGAAUAACAACACCUGUAAGGACUUCCUCAUCGAGGCCAUGAAAUAUCAUCUGCUCCCUCUGGAUCAGAGGCUCUUGAUUAAAAACCCAAGGACCAAGCCCAGGACUCCAGUUAGCCUGCCCAAGGUCAUGAUCGUGGUUGGCGGCCAGGCACCCAAGGCCAUCCGCAGUGUGGAGUGCUAUGAUUUUGAGGAGGACCGGUGGGAUCAGAUUGCCGAGCUCCCCUCCAGGAGAUGCAGAGCAGGUGUGGUGUUCAUGGCUGGCCACGUGUACGCCGUGGGCGGGUUCAAUGGUUCACUGCGUGUGCGGACAGUGGACGUGUAUGACGGGGUGAAGGACCAGUGGACGUCCAUCGCCAGCAUGCAGGAGCGCCGGAGCACGCUGGGAGCAGCUGUGCUCAACGACCUGCUCUACGCCGUCGGGGGCUUUGAUGGCAGUACUGGCCUGGCGUCGGUGGAAGCCUAUAGCUACAAGACCAACGAGUGGUUCUUCGUGGCCCCAAUGAACACACGGCGGAGCAGUGUGGGUGUGGGUGUCGUAGAGGGGAAGCUGUAUGCCGUUGGGGGUUAUGAUGGGGCUUCCCGCCAGUGCCUGAGCACCGUGGAGCAGUACAACCCAGCGACCAAUGAGUGGACAUAUGUGGCAGACAUGAGCACUCGCCGCAGCGGCGCAGGGGUUGGGGUCCUCAGCGGGCAGCUGUACGCCACAGGUGGACACGAUGGGCCCUUGGUGAGGAAGAGUGUCGAGGUUUACGAUCCUGGAACAAACACCUGGAAGCAGGUGGCAGACAUGAACAUGUGCCGGCGCAAUGCAGGGGUCUGUGCAGUGAAUGGGCUCCUGUAUGUGGUUGGAGGGGAUGAUGGAUCCUGUAACCUGGCUUCGGUGGAGUACUACAAUCCUGUCACUGACAAGUGGACGCUGCUGCCGAGCAACAUGAGCACAGGGCGGAGCUACGCAGGUGUUGCUGUGAUUCACAAGCCCUUGUGACCCCAACUCCCACUGCCAGGAGGUGGAGGAAGGGAGGGGUGCUGCCUGUGACUCGGCACAGUGGGAUCACGCUGGCUGGGUGCCACUCGCUGCCGGAGUCUGCAGAGGAGCGGGGACCGCCCUCCUCCAACUUGGCAGUGUCGUCAGGGUGGGAAGACAGUACCCACCUCCUGCUCCCGCAAGGUGUUUCAUCUUCUGCCCUGAGCAGUGGGUUCCUGAUAGCUCCGGCUGCACCUUUGAGCGUUCUUUUGUGUGUUUCUACAGGGACAUCAGAGAACCUGGAACCUCUGUGUGUGUGUGUGUGUGUGUGUGUGUGUGUGUGUGCAGAAUGUGGUGAUUCACUAAAUUGGGGGGUGGUGAUGGUCUGCUCCAUUUCUAUACUACUGAUCCUUCCGCUAUGCUAAAAAUCAAAUCACAGAAACCUCUCUUACGGAUUUGCCCCACGGGGACCUUGAGACUACUUGAGCUGCUGUCUACUGGAAGUGCAGUUGGACAUACCGGGAAUGUCCAGAAAUGACCAGGCCCAUGUACCGGCCUAGACUACUGGCAUUGUCUGCAGAAGAGUGGGGUGUUCUCGAAGCUGCCCCGUGUCCUCUGUGUGCUAGGACCACAAGUUCUCUAGCCCCUCAGCUGGGUGCUCUUCCUUGUGUUCUCCUCCUGGAACUUCUUAUCGAACUGCCCAGUCUCUGGGCUACUGGUCUUUGAGGUCAAGGAUUCCAGGUUUGGGAGAUUUCGUGUCUCUUCAGCUGGGAAAACUAGCUCUUCAGAGAAGCACUGAGUAACACACUGGAGGAAAAAAAUACAUGAAAAACAAAAACACAAGAAAACAAAGUGGUAAGGCUUCAGUCCUUGUCCAUAGUGGUCCCAGAGAGGAUCCUACUUCUGGGUUUUCCUGGGAUAGGACAAUCCCUGUUUAUACUUAUUAUGCAGGUUUAAUUUUUCAGAGCAUCCCGUUUUACUCUCAAAAGUGUUCUGGUUUGGAGGCUAAGUAAAAGGUCACCAUAUGUCCAAACCCAAAGAUAGGUUUGUCCCUGCACUGGAUGGGGUCACGUGUGAUUUACAUGGACAUGGAUGACUUCAAAGGGGUGUACACUUGGCACCCUGGGCCUGGCCCUUGGCAGUUGGUCCAGGCUGUCUCACAUCCUUGUCUUCCUUUCCUUGUGCUCUCCCCCAUUCCAGGCCUGUACCCUCUCGCCAAUCCUCAGAGCACCCCCCUCCUAGCUUCCCCCGUGAGGGAGGACAUGGCGGUGGGCCCUGAAUGUGUGAUCUCUCUCAGGAGUACUUGCAUUUUGAGAGAGGAGCUUGAUGAAAACUUUGCUAAUUCACGGGUAAAAAUGAUUAAUGACAGAACUUCAGGCAUCCGGAGGAGGGAGGAGGGUAUUUGAGGGCUCAGGGAGUCACCUGCAUUAAAAAAAAAAAAAAAAAGAACCUUAAAGCUGUACUGUUCCUGAACUAGCAAGUUGCUUAUAUUGGAAUUUCCAGCAUAAAGAGGGGAAGUCUUGUGUCUGGAGAAGAGUCUCACAACUUGGGGGCUGGAAUUUACCCUUCCUGAUGUCAAGGUCCACCUUUAGGGAGCCAAGGGGCUUUAUGAACUCUGAUGUUGGACUUCUCAUACAACUGGGCAACUUCCAAGCAGAUUUUGUAGGAGACUGUCAUUCUCCCCACUUCACCCUGAAGUUAUAAACCCAGGACUUUCCUCAGCGAGUUGGACACUUUGUGUAUUUACUGUGUAUUUAUUGUGCGUGAACCACUCAACUCCCCUGAAGGGGAAACAUCUUCUGAUGUUGAGCAGAUGUUACUUCAGUGAGACAUUUUGGAGAAUACCAAGGUACCCAGAAUUUUUAGUAACCUUGGGCAGAGGCUGAAAUAUCCAGCUUUGGUGGACCUGGAAGAACAGCUCCAAAGGGAUCAAGACAUGCUGUUAGCUCGUUUGUUCUGCUCUUACCUGGCACGGAGGUGACUGUGGUCUCAAAGCUCUGCCUGCCUCUGGAUCGGAAGCUGAUGGAAUGCGCUUUCUGUUCCAACUGUUCUUCCUCCCUCUCCGAGGAAGGUUUGGGACUUUGUUUCAGGGUGUGUGUGUGUGUCUGUGUGUGUGGGGAUGAGGUUGGGGUCUGAUGUGUGCCAUCACACAGCUUCUGAUUUCAGACGAAAGGUGAAGUUCCCCCCCAACACCUGGAAGCUGAACUUCCAGGCUUAUCAUGCUUAUGUGGGGGGAGGCUAUUGUUUGUGUGUCAUCUUCCCAGAAAGGAUCCCCUCCCUGAGAGCUAGCCAGCUGUGUUUCCUGCUUUUGGAUUUUUGCUAUUGACCCCACCUCACGUCUCCCUUCCCAGGAAGCACUGCCCCUGCUGGUAGUGCUGCUGAGGGCAUGUUCGUUUUAUCCUCAUGUGUCCUUUCUCACGGGGACUAGAACACUGGUACGUCAUCACCAAAUAGUCAAUCUGCUCUAGCUGCCCACAGAUGCCAUCCAAAACCUGCUGUCCCUUUAUCACCAGGUACAAUUCUCUCUCCACAGUGGGCACAACAGACUUAUUUUCAAGUCUGUGCUAGUCAUGUGGUAGGUGAACCCCCCUGGCAUCCCCUCUUCUGGUGGCCACACCUGCUUGUGAAUGCAGCUUUGCCAGUGGGAUAUCUGAAGUCUGAUCACAGCGAUGAAAUGGAAUUGCAGCCGAAGGUUAGAAGCAGCUUAGACACCACUUGGAUUCUGAUUUGGACACCAGAGAAGUCAGACUCUGAAUUCCAAAGUUCUUUCUCAUAAGUACCCAAUGGCAUCUCUCCGUCUAAUAAGUUGCAGUAUUAUGCAAAUGAAAGUGACCUCAUUUUCUGCUAUGCAAUAAGAAUACUUAAUUCUAUUUCAUGACAGACCAGUUGCAAUAUCCCCUAAGAUGCUUUUUGAGCUGUCUUACUUUGAUAUCUGUUGUAUAAUGUUUGUAUAUUCCUGAGCCAGAUCCUUUCAAAGAUUGCCUUUUUAUAAAACUGAAGCUACAGCUUUCAGGCUAAAAUUUUAAUGUAGAUAUUUUUAUAAAAUAAUUUUUCACGAUAUUUGAAUUGCUUUUUAUUGUCCAUGAUAAUGAAAUGUUAUGUUCUGUGCAUCAUUCACUCUCGAACAUCGUUCAUGCCUGUAGCUAUCUUCCCCUUGUUUCUCACCCUCCCCAAACUUCAGUAGCUCCAGGUUGACUUGGAAGCUUCUUUCUUACACCACAUUCAAGGGAGAUUGCUGAAAAAACACAAUCACUGGUGUUUCUUGAAUUGUUUAGGGACUCACAUUAAGCCUGACUCAGCACUUACACAUCUAUGUUGCCUAUCUGCUUUUUUUUGGAGUCUGUUUUUGGCAGGGUGAGGCAGGAGGGAGUCUGGUUGGCCCAUCUCCUGGCAUCUCUCACAGGCUGGCACGGAGCCUGGCAUGCUGUGGCAUGGAGAAGCCCAGGGAAAGGCCUGCCCUUCAGCACAUAGUCCCGGGAGUUUUCCUAGGUCGAGCUGACUAGUCUUCAUUCUUUUCUGUCUCCUUGUUCUUCGGAGCUUCAGGCUUAAGGCUUUUGCUGCUGGAUGAUGUCCCUUUUGGAAGCAUCUUGUUGAUGAACUUUAAAAGAGGGGUCACUCCUCUUGAUCCCCACUAAGAAUGUGAUCAGCAUGUGCUUUGCAGAUGUUCAUACUACACUUUCAACUUACUUGUUUCUUGAGCUGUGUCUACACUCCAGGCUCUGUUUUGUGUAUUUAUCUGCCAAUUAGUCUCAUUUAAAAAAAAUCUUUAUUUUUAUUAUUGUUGGGACAGGUGCCAUUUGAAUUGCCUCCACGCUCCCCAUUUGCACCUUGACAGAUCAAAUUGGGAAGUUGAGCAAAUUCAUAAUCCAGUUAGCUGGAGGUUCUCUGUUUGCCUGGAGAAGCGAGGAGGUUGGAAUGUGUCUUUUUUUUUUUUUUAAGUGUUUGCACUAUUUAGAGUCCUAAGCCCCUCAUGUUCAGCUGUGCUGUGUAUCUACUGACCAAGCAGGAGAGCCGGCAGCACUUCUGACAUUUGGGAGUGCCUGAGGCCUCUUCUGUAGUGGAUAAUCACAACCUCAGAGCCCCUGUGCAGCCUCCAUCGUGGGGCUCAGUGACUUGUAGAUACAGCAUCUGCCAAGGCAGUAACACAUGGGACAGUGGCGUUUGGAGCAACAAAGUGCCCUAGUGCGGUGUUCUUGCCUUUGGUUAUGAGAUUUCAAAUUAUUUCCCCCCCUUUUUAGUGGCAAUAAGGACCCUUGUUGGACUUCUUGUUUAAUUCGUAUGUGAUGUGUAAAAUACUUUCUUUGAAAGAAAAUUCAAGACACUGAAUUUGUAUGUCUGUGUGGGUGCCAUGUCCAUGUGGUUGUCCAUAGGCAGGCAGACUUGAUCCCUGACACCCUGUACACCACACUGCUUAGGUCGGGUCCUUGAUCUGGUGGUCUCUGCUUGGACGGUAGGGACCACAGAGUUUGUAAAAGAAGACUUGCCACGUGCUCCAUCAGUUACAGUGCUAGCUGAAGAAACAGUUCCUCACAUGUAUUCUUUUAACAGGAAUUGUGUUCUAGGUUCCCAUACUUUAUGUUCCUUUAACUUUAAUAAAAGCUGAACUGUGAGAAC